AUGAAACUAGAGGAAGUACCUCCUGUAGAGUUGAAUGGCACCAUCCUGGGCAGGGUACAGCGGUUUAAAUACCUGGGCCACUGGCUCACCGAGAACCUCAGUGAUGUCAUACAUGUGGAACGGGAAGGGCGUUGGCUGUUCGAUGCAACAUGCUGCCUGUGGGCCAGCUUUACGCAACGAGCAUACAACGCCCUGCGUGUUCAAUAUAAUAAUGCGUUUAGGAUACUGAUGGGCCUCCCUCGGUACUGCAGCGCUUCUGUGAUGUUCGCGGAUGCCCAUACGGACGACUUUUACGCCAUCAUGCGUAAAAGAGCGGCUUCUCAGUAG